AUGCGCUCCAAAAUUCUUAUCUUUCAAGGAAUGAUGCGUCAAAAAUGGCAAGUGAAUCGUGGAAAAGGGAAUCGAAUGAUAUUAAAAAUUAUUAUAGACGCAUGGCGGAAAAUUCAUCGAUUUGUAAAUACGAAUCAAAAUUCUCCAAAUAUUACCUACUUAUAUCCUCUUCCUAUGGAUCAAAGCUUUCUAGGAAUUGCUUUCCCUAAUUCUCAAAAUAUGAACCAGAACACUUCGGUUACUACUUACUUUAAUCCUUUCCUAUUGAAUAUGAAUCAAAAUCCUCUUGAUAUCAAUUAUUCAGAUAAUCGUGGUCACGGAUUAGGGGGAGCAGGAUAG